CAGAACACACACACACACAAAGAAAGCUCGAUCAAAAGAAGCGCACAUUAACCAACGCCACCCCCACCCCACUCCCAGCGCACGUUAGCACCUAUCCAUGCACUUCUCACCUCUGCCUACGCAUCUUCCCCUUUCUUUCUCUCCCUACACCCUUCUUCCCCCUUAUCCCUCUAUUUCUCCGUCUAGGGUUAGGGUUCUCCGUUUCUACAUUCCUUUCUGCUUUCUCCUCAUCUUUCGCCGACUACUCGUGCAGCCGUUCAAUUUUAGCUUAAUUUACACACUUUCGUCUCCAGAUGCUCUUCUCCCGUCGCCGGCUGUAGUUCAUGGAUUCCAAUAAGCGUCUUUCCUACUCCAAUUUGUUCAAUCUUGAGUCCCUGGUGAACUUUCAGCUGCCACGGGACGAGGAUGAUGAUUUUGAUUAUUAUGGGAAUAGUAGUCAGGAUGAGAGCAGAGGUAGCCAAGGAGCUAUAGGGGAGCGAAGUAAUGGGGUGCUGUCUGGGCGGGAAUUGAAGAAGAAGAGGCGGACUGCAUAUAGCAGUGAAGAGGACGAAAACAGAAAUUAUAGUACAUAUAUCUCAGAGGAAAAGUAUAGAGCAAUGCUUGGUGAGCACAUUCAUAAAUAUAAGAGGAGACUUGGUACAUCCCCAGCAAACAUUGCAUCAACACGAACUGUGAUGCCUAGUGCAAAAAACAGUUUAGGGCUGAAGGAUCCGGAACUGAAAAGUGAUCAAAGAGGAGGAUUGCUUAAACUUGACUCUGCAUCAGAUUUUCUAAGCAAAAAUAAUUCACAGAAGCUAGGAAACUAUCUUCAAUCUGAUGUCCCAAAAUUUGUGGUCGAUAGAUCAAAUUAUGAGCCUGCUUUCUUGGAUAUUGGGGGAGGCAAGACUUAUAGCAUCCCUCCUCCUUAUGAAAAGCUUUCAGCAACGUUGAACUUGCCUACUGUAGCAGAUAUCCAAGUUGAUGAAAUUUACCUUCAGGGCACUCUUGAUUUGGAGACAUUGGCUGCAAUGAUGGCUUCUGACAACAGGCUUGGGCCCAGAAGCCAAGGAGGAAUGGGUGAUCCUAUUCAACAGUACGAAUCUCUACAGGCAAGACUUAAAUCUCAGUUGACUAGUAACUCAGUCCCAAAAUUUAGUCUUCAAGUCAGUGAAGCUGCGUUGGAGGCAUCCUCUAUCCCCGAGGGGGCAGCUGGAUCAAUACGACGUUCUAUCUUGUCAGAGGGUGGUGUUUUGCAGGUUUAUUAUGUUAAGGUGUUGGAGAAAGGAGACACAUAUGAGAUUAUUGAACGUAGUCUGCCCAAAAAGCCAAAGGUGGAGAAAGACCCUGCUGUGGUUGAGAGGGAAGAGAUGGAAAAGAUUGGAAAAUAUUGGGUGAAUAUGGUUAGGAAAGACAUCCCAAAACAUCACAGACUUUUCACUAAUUUUCACAAAAAGCAAUUCACUGAUGCCAAGAGGUUCUCAGAAACCUGUCAAAGAGAGGUAAAAUUGAAGGUUGGUAGAUCGCUUAAGGUGAUGAGAGGUGCUGGAAUACGUACUAGGAAACUUACCAGGGACAUGUUGGUAUUUUGGAAGAGAGUUGACAAGGAGAUGGCUGAAGUGAGGAAGAGAGAGGAAAAAGAAGCUGCAGAAGCUUUGAAACGUGAACAGGAGCUUCGUGAAGCAAGGAGGCAACAGCAAAGGCUCAACUUUCUGUUGUCACAAACUGAACUUUACAGCCACUUUAUGCAGAACAAGUCAUCCUCACAACCCACCGAGGCCUUGAAUAUUGACAGUGAAAGAGCAGAUGACCAAGAAAUGCUGUUAAGUUCUGCUGAAGCUCAACCUGGAGAGGAAGAAGAUCCUGAAGAGGCUGAGCUGAGAAAGGAGGCUCUGAAAGCCGCUCAAGAUGCAGUUUCAAAGCAGAAAAAGAUGACAAGUGCAUUUGAUAAUGAAUGCUUGAAGCUGCGGCUAGCUUCUGAAACUGAGAACUCCCUACCAGAUGCCUCAGUUACCGGUUCUAGUAACAUAGACUUGUUGCAUCCGUCCACCAUGCCUGUAGCAUCAACAGUGCAGACACCAGAGUUAUUCAAGGGUACCCUAAAAGAAUAUCAACUGAAAGGUCUUCAAUGGCUUGUUAAUUGUUAUGAGCAGGGUUUAAAUGGCAUUCUUGCUGAUGAAAUGGGCCUAGGAAAGACCAUUCAAGCCAUGGCAUUCUUGGCUCAUUUGGCAGAAGAAAAGAAUAUAUGGGGGCCAUUUUUGGUAGUUGCUCCUGCUUCUGUUUUGAACAACUGGGCCGAUGAGAUUGGUCGUUUCUGCCCUGAUCUAAAAACACUUCCAUAUUGGGGUGGGCUGCAAGAGCGGACGGUGCUUAGGAAGAAUAUUAACCCCAAGCGUCUUUAUCGACGGGAUGCCGGAUUCCACAUUCUCAUCACCAGUUACCAACUUCUAGUGUCUGAUGAGAAGUACUUCCGACGUGUUAAAUGGCAAUAUAUGGUGUUGGACGAAGCCCAGGCAAUUAAAAGCGCAAACAGUAUAAGAUGGAAGACAUUACUGAGUUUCAAUUGUCGAAAUCGCUUGCUUUUGACUGGUACUCCAAUCCAAAAUAACAUGGCUGAGCUGUGGGCUCUCCUACAUUUCAUUAUGCCCACCUUAUUUGAUAGCCAUGAGCAAUUUAAUGAGUGGUUCUCAAAAGGAAUUGAGAACCAUGCUGAGCAUGGUGGGACCUUGAACGAGCACCAGCUUAAUAGAUUGCAUGCAAUUCUGAAGCCAUUCAUGCUGCGGCGGGUUAAAAAAGAUGUAGUCUCUGAGUUGACUGGGAAAACUGAGAUAACAGUGCAUUGUAAGUUGAGUUCUCGACAGCAGGCAUUUUACCAAGCUAUAAAGAACAAGAUAUCACUCGCAGAGUUGUUUGACAGCAGCCGUGGGCAUCUUAAUGAGAAAAAAAUAAUGAACCUAAUGAAUAUUGUCAUUCAGUUGAGGAAGGUUUGUAACCAUCCAGAGUUAUUUGAGAGGAAUGAGGGAAGCACUUAUUUCUAUUUUGGGCAAAUUCCAAAUUCACUUCUUCCUCCUCCCUUUGGGGAACUGGAGGACGUGUAUUAUUCUGGUGGUAGAAGUCCUGUUACAUACCAGAUGCCAAAACUGGUCUUCCAAGAAAUCCAGAACUCAAAUUCGAUAUGUUCUACAUUGGGACACGGUAUUAGUAGAGAAUUAUUUGAAAAAUACUUCAACAUAUUCUCUCCAGAGAAUAUUCAUUCUUCUAUACUCGGGCAAACACAGAAGUCUGAUGAUUAUUAUGUAAAAAGUGGAACAUUUGGGUUUACUCGUAUGAUUGAUGUGUCACCUAUGGAAACAUCAUUUUUGGCAACUUGUUCUUUGUUGGAAAAAAUAUUGUUUUCAAUAAUUAGAUGGGGUCGACUAUAUUUGGAUGAAAUGUUGGACCUACUGAUGGAGAGUGAGGAUGCUGAUAUCAAUUACAAUCACAUUGGACGGGACAAAGUAAGAGCUGUCACACGAAUGUUAUUGUUGCCAUCAAAGUCAGACACAAAUUUAUUCAAGAGGACAUUAGAAACUGGUCGUGGUGAUGCUCCAUUUGAAGCUUUAGUCAUGCCACAUCAAGAUAGGCUCUUAUCUAAUAUUGAUCUUCUACAUUCAAUAUAUUCUUUUAUACCAAGAGCAAGAUCACCCCCAAUACAUGCAAAUUGCUCAGAUAGGAAUUUUGCUUACAAAAUGGUUGAGGAACUGCAUAAUCCCUGGAUUAAGAGGUUGUUUGUGGGAUUUGCGCGCACAUCCGACCAUAAUGGUCCAAGGAAACCGGCUAGUCCACACCCCUUGAUACAAGAGAUUGACUCUGAACUUCCUGUUUCACAGCCUGCUCUUCAGCUCACAUAUAAAAUUUUUGGGUCGUGUCCACCCAUGCAGCCAUUUGAUCCUGCAAAGAUGCUCACGGACUCUGGCAAGCUUCAAACGCUAGACAUAUUGUUGAGACGAUUGCGUGCUGGAAAUCAUCGAGUUCUUCUCUUUGCACAAAUGACAAAAAUGUUGAACAUUCUAGAGGACUAUAUGAACUACAGGAAAUAUAGAUACUUGAGGCUUGAUGGAUCCUCCACUAUAAUGGAUCGUCGAGACAUGGUCAGGGACUUCCAGCACCGGAGUGAUAUCUUUGUGUUCCUGCUAAGUACAAGAGCAGGUGGCCUGGGAAUCAACUUGACAGCGGCUGAUACUGUCAUAUUCUAUGAAAGUGACUGGAAUCCUACUCUAGAUCUUCAAGCUAUGGAUAGAGCUCAUAGGCUGGGACAAACUAAGGAAGUUACUGUUUAUCGCCUGAUUUGUAAAGAGACCGUGGAAGACAAAAUAUUGCUGAGAGCUAGUCAGAAAAACACAGUUCAGCAGCUUGUCAUGACUGGAGAACACGUUCAGGGUGACCUUAUGGCACCAGAAGAUGUUGUCUCAUUAUUGCUUGAUGACGCCCAACUUGAGCAGAAGCUGAAAGAAAUUCCACUUCAGGCUAAAGAAAGGCAGAAGAAGAAAGGUGGAACUAAGGGCAUAAGGGUUGAUGCAGACGGCGGUGUAUUUUUGGAAGAUUUUGCAGAUAAUGCUAAUGGUAUUGAAUCCACUGCUGACCCUGCUGAUAAAGGAAAAUCAAGUAAAAAGAGAAAAUCUACUGCUGACAAGCAAGCACCUUCAAAAUCGAGGCCUCAAAAGGUUCCCAAGAAUGUUGAAUAUUCAUCUCCAAACUCAAUAGCAAUGGAUGACGAGAUGGAUGAUCCCCUAAACGACACUGAAACACGACCACAAAGACCAAAAAGGCUGAAAAGGCCAACAAAGAGUGUAAACGAGACCCUUGAACCUGCAUUUACUGCCACACAGAUUGCAGGUCAAGACGGUAAUCAAAAACCGCCUCUCCCUGAUCCCAGUGUUGGUGGUCGGAGAACAGCAGUCGAGGAAGAGAGUCCAAGGCAGGUUAACUGAAACUGUUGCUGUCCCGUUGAAGCUGCCAUGGCAGAAUGUGUGGCGAUUUGUAUAGCAAUGCUGUGUACAGAUAUUUUUGUAGUGAUCUGCAAGAUUACAUGUCCGAUAUAACGGGGAAAAGUAUAAGGCCGGAUUAAUGGUGGAUGUAGUCACCCCCGACCCACUCCCGCCCCUAUGUACAGUACUACCUAUUUGCCUAUUUUUGAGCACUAAAGCUGUAUUAGAUGACAGGAAAGAGAUCUUCUGUAAUCAGGCAAGAGCAAGAGAAACAGCCAAACGUUGUCCGUUGGAAAAGAUUUUGCAAAUAAUUUACUGAUCAGUAGCAUAUAUAGUCUUCAA